UAAACUCAUCCAGCCAAAAACAACGCUUUAAAGUUAAAAUUGAUGAAUCAAGCCAACAAAAGAGUAUUCAGGACAAACCUGCAGAAUUAUCUGGUGACAUGAAAAAGUUGAACAUUGAAGAGAAAGGAUAUCAAAAGGACACAGUCAGUAGAACAAGCGAUAAAGAAUCAUCAAGUGAUAAUGAAAUCACACAUGAGAGCUUGAAUACAGAAUCUGAAUCACAUAAAGGGAAUGAAGCUGCUGCCUUUCUGGAAAAAGAGGAAAUGAUUGAAGACAAACAAAAUAUUCCUAAAGAAUCAGAAAUAUCGGGAAUUUUACGAGUCUCCAAAGAUGCAUCGGAUGAUCCAGAGAAAAAAAUUACUAUGGUAGACUUUGCGGGACAGUGUUCAUAUUAUUCCUCACACCAGAUUUUUCUGAGUCCAAGGGCAUUCUUCAUCCUAGUGCUUAAUAUGGAAAAGAAAUUACUUGAAAAGGUUGGAAAAGAAGUUUGUAGCCAGGAAGGUUCAAUUUACGAAGGGUGGACACACAAAGACUAUCUCACAUUCUGGGCCAAGUCCAUUCAUCAAUACAGCAGUGAAAAGGCUCCUGUUUUACUAGUGGGCACUCAUGCCGAACAAAAGACAAAAGAGGUACCAGUAUCUAAUA